AUGCCUCCAACACCAAUUCUCCUCCUCAAAACAAAAUCCUCCCCACACGAUGGCUAUGAAGACUUCUUCUCCGCACACAACUACACCCCAGCCUUCAUCCCCGUCCUAGAACACCGCUUCCUCAAAAACAACCUCACCCAAGUGCGCGACCUAUUCAGCGCCGGCGCAUUCAACAAUGCCCCCAGAAAAUACGGCGGUCUAAUCUUCACCAGCCAACGCGCAGUCGAAGGCUUCGCAAACAUGAUCGAAGAAGAAAAAGACGUCCAAUUUAACAUCCCAGCCUCCCCACCCUUACUCCUCUACACCGUGGGCCCAGCCACAGCGCGCACACUCACAACCCUCCGCGAUAAACACCUCCCGGACGCAACAAUCCACGGCGCGGAUACAGGAACCGGCGAGAAUCUCGCGCAUUUCAUACUCGACCACUACGAUUCCAUCUACACCACGCACAAGCCAUCUCUCCUUUUCUUGUCGGGGAAGUGCGGAGGGAUAUCAUCCCGAAAACACUAA